GCGCUAGAGGGCGCAGUGCACAAUUCAUUUACAGUUGCUGACUGUGUUUUUUGCUCAAACACAACCAGCUGCGAGCAAGGUCGCGCUUUAGCAUGACACAAGGCGACCCUAUGCACAGACAUCCUCCGUUUUAGAUUAAAGGUGGGCUGGCAGGAUGGGGGAAGGGCCAGCAGCUGGACCUUCGACGGCCAUUACGCCCGUGCAACAGAUGCUGGCAUCUGGCACUGGGGCGUUACUGACAUCUCUUUUCGUCACACCGUUGGAUGUGGUGAAGAUCAGACUUCAAUCCCAGCAAGCUCCCCUCCGUCAAGCCCUCCCAGCAGAAUCAAGGCCCUGGACUGGUGUCAUUCGGCCUUCAAAAUGGAAAUGUUUUCUCUAUUGUAAUGGACUGAUGGAUCACAUCUAUGUCUGUCAGAAUGUUUCGACCUGCGCUAGCUUGUACAAAACCCCCACCCACUUCAGCGGGACUCUGGAUGCAUUUGUGAAGAUCACACGUCAUGAGGGUGUCAGGUCACUGUGGAGUGGACUUCCCCCCACACUUGUGAUGGCGGUUCCUGCCACGAUCAUUUACUUCACCUGUUACGACCAGCUGAGAGACUUCCUGCGUUACGGCUUGGGCUAUCAGGGGGACCACAUCCCCCUCAUAGCAGGGGGGCUGGCCAGAUUGGGAGCUGUGUCUGUGAUCUGCCCUCUGGAGUUAGUCCGGACUAAGAUGCAGUCUCGCAGGCUUCCCUACAGCGAGCUGGUGGUGUGUAUCCGCUCGGCUGUGGCUCAGGACGGCUGGCUGUCUCUCUGGAGAGGUUGGGGACCCACAAUUCUACGGGACGUGCCCUUCUCCGCAUUAUAUUGGUUCAACUAUGAGCUGGUGAAGGCACAGCUGUGCGAGAAGUACAGGGUGCCACAGGCCUCUUUCACCAUCAGUUUUACAGCAGGGGCCAUCUCAGGAGCGAUUGCUGCAAUUCUGACCCUGCCGUUUGACGUGGUGAAAACACGCAGACAAAUCCAGCUAGGAGAAAUGGAGGCUCGACAAGGAGCCUCUGUGAAGAAACCAUCAUCCACAUGGAACAUACUGAAAAAUAUUUGGGCGGACAUGGGAUACAGGGGAUUGUUUGCAGGUUUCCUUCCAAGAGUGAUCAAAGUUGCUCCGGCGUGUGCAGUCAUGAUCAGCACUUACGAGUUUGGAAAGACUUUCUUUCAGAAGCGCAAUCUGGAUCAGGCAAGCUGUGCAAUCUGAGGACCUGUGGUUUUUCAUUUAUCCCUCCCAAACUCAGGACCAAACAAGCUGGAGCUUCACAUUGAGAAAAAGCUGUGCGCAAAAGAGAGAAUCCUCUUUUUUAAACAUGGCUGUUUAUCUACUGCAAAUGCUGAUGACUAAAUUCCAGCAUUGUCUGCUGAUGUUCCUAAAGACUGGCACAAGGAAUCGAAACGCUUUGAGACUUUAAAUGAUACCUUGCGCCUGAGACCUAACCUCUUAGUUAUGAUACAGUCAUUAAUGCACAAUGUUCCCUGUGAUGCCUUAAAUGGGAAGGAUACCAAAGCAUGCCGACAGGAGGAAGACUACCUCCUCUAAAAUCCCCACUUAUUAAAAUGGCUGCCGGUUGGAUGUGACAUCCAGCAUGUGUCUGCAUGCAUGACUUGAAGUUCAUUUUAUUAAAGACACUGUGAUGCCCUCUGCUGUUUAUGUUUUAGAAAUCUCAUAUUCAGCGAGACACAGUUUUUGUCUAUUGAAAGCAAGUCUGAUUCUGCUACAACUUUGGAUAGGCACUGGAUAAAAAAACAGCUGUGAUAUUUUCAGGUUUAGGGGCAAUGUAUUGCACUGUUUUAGGCAAGGACAGUUCUCCCUAAAAUCUAAUGGUGGAAAUUAUUUAAAACGACAGUUCUCACACAACAUAAUAAAAUACCUUUUAAACACUUGUUAUCCUAAAAGUUCAAUUUAGAGAUACAUUUCUGUCACUUAUGCAUUCAAGUACUAUAAUUUAAGCAUUCUACAUAGUUGAGUCAUAGAUUUAAUUUCCAAGUAAAUGUGAGAGAAUAAGGGUAAAAUAAGGGUAUGUAGCGGUGCCAACUCAGCUUGAGAACUUGAUUUGUUCCAUUUAGUUUGUUUUAUAUGUCAUGGAAUGGAUUUUGUGUGACCAUUUGUUUUAUAAAUCCUUUGAUAUUUUGUUAAAACACACUUGAAUGUGAAGAAUAAACGUUUUAUAAACAUCA